AUGUUGCUCAAGCAAGUUAUCGCCGGCCUGGUGAUACCCACUGCCACUUCUGCUAUAGGCCAUCAUGGAGCACUGCACGGUCUCCUCCAGGCGACGCCUUCUUUUUCAGGAGAUUCGAUAGUGCUACAUCCAGGGCUGCACCCUGAACAUAAUGCCAGUGAUGUUGCCCACCUUCGUCCUGAGCGAACCAAGAACCUCUACUACAGCCAGGAAGGUCAUCGCUCUGCUCUUCACGGCGCAAAGCACGCAUCCGUUGACGCAGUCUUCGUCCGCGAUACCGUCGUUUUGGAUCACUCGAGUCACAUCAAGACAAUAACCUGUGAUAGCGGCGAUAUUCACAUUUGUUUCCAGACACUGGAGGCAUUAGACGUUGUGACAGAAACCUGGGUCGACCGGGACAGUUUCAAUCUAGUUACUUACCAUGUAGGCUGCGGCGAUGAAACGUCAGGAAAGCGCACCUUUUUCCACGCCUCUGACCUUACCGUUUAUCCCGACACCAUGUGCGCGGUCAUGGCAGCUGUCCCGGUUGAAGAAGAAAAGGCGUUGGACUCGGGAGUUGUUACCUGGGGUACAUACGAGUCGCCGGAUGAUAGAAGACGAUCACCUAUAAAGGGCCAUGUUCGCGCUGUGCAGCCACCGACGAAACCAAAGCUGAGGAAGACACCGGGCGGUAAACCGGCGUCGAUGUCACGUAGACCGGCCUCCAUGAUGCGCAAUGGGAUAAAACUACACAAUGGAACGAUGCAUGGUAACGGGACAAAUGGAACUGUGCCAGUGUACCAGGAUUUCAUGGAUCUAACAACCCAACCUGUUGCCCUCAGGACCUUCUUCAAUGACUCCAAAAUCGAUACCACCCAUAUGCAAGAUGAGGUGAAUGUUAUGGAUUUCAUGCCGAUGGAUGGCGAAAUGGAAAAAAUGAAUACGACGGAAAUGGGUGGGACUAACAUGACUAGGAGACACACGUCUCUGAUGUCUAGGCGACACGCGGAUAUGAUGCAUCGGAGAGGGAUAUUCGGUGACAUUUGGGAGGGUCUUAAAAAGCUGGGCAAGUUGAUUGGAGAUUUCUUCACAGGGGCAGCUAAGCUAGUAGCAACUGUAGGCGAUUUGAUCGUCAAUUUCGCAGUGAUCAGCUUGAAACUUCUCAUGGUUCCUUUCGGCGUCCCCUUUGACCACUCCAUGAACUACGAUAUCGUCUUGGACAAGCGUCUCGACGGGCUCGGUGGAGGAAACAAACCUCCCAAAAUCUUCGGCAUUGGAAAUGGAUUUACCUUGGCCAAAACUGUGGAACAUGGGGCGGAGUUUUAUGUGCAAUGUGCCAAAUGUGGCGUUCAUGCAAACAUGAAUCUGAACGGACGACUUGCCUUUAGCAUUCAAAACGGCGUUACUGAAGGCUUUGUCGAGUUUAACAACAACGACGAGUUCAUUCUGGAUGCCCAGUUUGGGAUCAGCUUGUCUGGAAAAUUGGCAACUAAGACCUGGGAGACACCGGUUAAGGAUAGAAGUGGUAGACAGCUCACAGCGAUCCCAUUCAGUCCGCUGUCCAUUCCCGGAAUUAUCACCAUUGGACCCCAGGGUUCUAUCAGUGUGGCGUUCACGGCAACGCUUGAGGGUAAGGCUGAGUUGCUGGUCGGUGGCAGUCUUCGCAUAGCACCGGGCACGGCACGAGUCAGCGUUAAAGAAAAGGACAAUAAUGGAAUUCAUGGACUGGAAGUCACCUUCACCCCGGUGCUUAAGGCGACUGGAUCCUUCACCGUUACGGGAGAUCUGGGUCUGCCAAUUGCCAUUGAGUGUGGAAUUGAUGUGUUGAACGGCAAGUUCAAAAAGACGGUUGGUCUGGUUGAUACUCCGUCGAUAUACGUGCAAGCCAUUGCUUCGAAUGAUCCGUCAACGCCGUGUCAUGACGGUGUUGAAGUACGGCUAGGUGCUAAGAAUCGAAUCCACGUUGCUGCUCUGGAUUUGUGGGACUAUGAUAUUCGAGAUGAUAUCAUAUACGAAGCCGGUCUAGGCUGCGUCACGAAAGAUGGAUGGGAUUCCGGCAAAGUGCAACCCUCGAAAACGAUUAUCGACGCCGUGGUCAAGAAAUCAGACGGAGACCCAACGAAAGAAAACACACCACUGAAAGACGUCGCAAAAAAUCUUAAGCAGCCACCGGGCAAGCAAGGCUUCCGACUUUUAAUGGACGCCGAUGAGGACUCGGUUCUGGUUUCGGGUAACGAUGGCGGUAUUUAUGCAGUCGACCGGAGUCAGAAUUACGACCUCAGUGCACCCUGGGGGACAUUGGAUAUGACGAAGAAUCCGCUGACGUUGGAUGUGUUUGGGCGCAUUAUUGCCUACACCUGGCUCAGUCCAUUGAAAUACGGCGAUCAAGAUGUGCUGGUUCCAGCACUGGCUGAGAUGUUGGUUGUAGACCCAAAGAAGGUCCCUGAUGAAUACAAGGCUUGCUCAAUCGCUCAGAUGAGCGCCACUUCGAACGGGAUCAAGCCGUAUGGUAUCCCUCUCGUAUAUGAGCCUGAAUUCAAGAGCCAGAUCGAAGGCUACCAGGAACCUCUGCACAAGCCAACGGUGUGCAAGACUGAGAAUGGGCUGAGGCUUUAUGCCACGCGUGAUACAAUCACUAAAGAAGGUAGGGUCAUGUUUGACAAUGGUCGCCAGGAUGAGUUUUUUGAUAAGUAUUGGGAAGAUAUUCUCCAAACAUAUGUUGGCGUUGGCCUCAAGGAUUGUAGGACAAUUCGCUUGACUUCUGAUAUCAAAGGGGCCACCAAAUGA